AUGGCAUCCCAAUACGGAAGCAACAAGCAAAACAAGAGCCUUCCAGCCAUGCUUAAAUGCGCUGUUGAUGGCAAGAUGGAGAAGCGAGACAUGUUCUCCAACAACAUGCUCAAGAAACGGACCUUCAAUCCAAAUGCGCAAAUCACUUGCCGCAAGCACACCGGUGGUGCGGUUACCGAACUUCUUUGUAGCAGCUGUCGCAAGCACAAGCCCCUUGACUUCUUUAGCAACGCCGAGCGCAAGGUUACUGGUGGCCAACGCUGCCGCGCUUGCAUCGAGUGGCUGGAGGGUGACCAGCCUGACUACGUCCCUUUGCCGGCCCCAAACAGUGUUCGCGACCAUGAGGAGAAGCGCGCGUACAAAGCUGAUGGCAGGGGCAUGGAUGACUACGAUGACGACGAGGAUGACUACUACGUCACCGAGGCUCAGGGCGAUGCAUUCUCCGAUGAUGAUGCCUCGUGGGCCGGACGAACCAAAGCACCGAAAGGAGCCAACACGGCUGGUGGGCUGACAGCCAACAACCUGAAGAACUUGGACAAUUACGGCGGCUCACACUCUGCCUCUAGCCGCGGUGACGAGAGGUACCAUGCGUCCUCGGCGCCCACCGACUCGGCGUCUAACGCUGAUACGGAGAGUACGGCCCGUCCCCAUAACCCACGCCGGUUCAAUGCCUACGGUCCCAACGGCCAGGUCCAGAGGCGCCAAGUCGGCACCGCCGCUUCUGAGACCUCGGGCACUUCCGUCAGCACCCAGGGAAGCAUCCCUGGACGCAAAGAUUGGGCCAGACCGGCUACCCGCAAGACGGCUCCUGCGUUGCCGCGACACAUGGAGUACGAGAACCCCGACACCGUCGGGCACUAUGCCUACGACGAUGACGAUAGCUCAGAUGGAUGCUAA